AUGAGCGCCCGCGUCCGGCGUACCGCCUCGUCGGUCACGCGCCACGAGCGAUGGUGGUCCACGGCAGCCCGUUCCUCGACCGCCCCGUCUGUAGCAGCGCGACCGUCGCCGCUGCAGCGCACGUGCACCGUCUAUCGCCUCGGACGCGUCGAGUACGAGACUGCGUGGGACUGGCAGAAGCAGCUCAUCCAGCAGCGCGUCUUGGCCAUGCGUGCUGGCCAGUCAGUCGACAAGGACGUGGUGCUUGUGCUGGAGCAUCCGAGUGUAUACACUAUUGGCCGCGGUGGCUCGAUGGCGAACGUCAAGUUUGACCCGGAGCAAGAGCACGUCAAGUUAGUACGCGUCGAUCGCGGCGGCGAAGUGACGUACCACGGACCUGGUCAGGUCGUGGUGUACCCGAUCUUGGACUUGACGCAUCACAAGAAGGACCUGCAUUGGUACCUCCGUCAGGUCGAGGAGGUGGUGAUCCACACGCUGGCCAAGUUUGGCAUUCACGGAGAGCGUGUACAUGGACUUACGGGUGUCUGGGUGGAGAAAAGGCCGGACUCUGGCGACGAGCGACAGCCUGAUGGACACCGUGAGCGUGCAAUGCACAAAGUUUGUGCCGUCGGGACGCACGCCAGUCGAUGGAUAACGAUGCACGGCUUUGCGUUGAAUGUCAAGACGGACUUGCGCGAAUUCGACCGGAUCGUUCCAUGCGGUAUCCAUGACCGCGCCGUGACAAGUAUCGGGGACAUUCGUCCGGACGUGACAAUCAAAGAAGUACAAGAUGCUGCGAUUGAGGCUAUCAGCGAGGUCUUCCACCUCGCAAUGGAAGACAUCGAUGCUGCGUCACCGCUUUAG